GAACCUUUGAACUACGCUUUUGUUUGACGUCGGUGUGGGACUCUAACUGUCAACAGCAAGCAGCGGAGGAACAGCAAACAUUGGAGCUGCCACCGCGGCGUCCGUCCUGCUAGGUGGUGAUUAUGCGGCCGGUUUGGCUUCUGUAAAGAAAGCGUGGCUUCAACAGAUCUGGGUCCAGGCUUCGGGGGGCUCAUUCCUUAGAGCUGUUUCUUUCUGCUGCGAUGGAGGUGAUGGAGGUUCCUGCUGACGACGUCCUCCUCCAGCGUCCGUGGCUGCCGGUGAGCAUCAGCGGCUGCCAGCUCCUCACCAAGAGCUGGUUUGGUGAAACGGCGUACCGCGUCCUGCUGACCGACAUGCAGGGAAUGUGGGAGGAGAGGAUGGAAACGGUGGACAUCCAGAGCCGAGCACAGGAGCUGAACCGGCGUCUGCGAGCUCCGGUCAAAGCCUUCUUCUCCCACCUGUGUGAGGUGGUCCAACCCUACCUGUCCGGACCUGCAGGACGAGCCGACCGGGAGGCUCAGAUCUCCCUGGAUCGCCGUGACGACGGCAGCGUGAGCCUGAGGCUGAAGAGCGAGCUGGCGGGGCUGCCCUUCUACUGGGAGUUCCAAUGCACCCCCGCCCCCGUCGCUUUGGUGUGCGUUCAGCUGGUGCGCCCCCUGCUGGUGAUGAGCCGCCUGCUGCAGCGACAGGUGGACCAGCUGGGAGGACUUCUGGUCAGGAAGGAUGCCGAGAUCCAGGACUACAGAGAGAACGGAGCUACACUCAGCAGAGAACGCCUGCAGACGGAUGCUUUUGUUGAGCCGACGUACAGAGAAGACUUCAUGGCAAAGACUCUUCCUCUGCUGAGCUCUGAGCAUCAGGAUGCUCUCGGCUUCGACGACGACCUCCAGCAGCUGUACGCCACCGUCGUCGCCCACGGCAACGCAGGGAAACGCAAGCGGUCGGAGGUGGAGGAGGACGAACCAACCGCCGCAGUCGUCAAAGAACCACCAGCCGUCGCCUCGACUCCAGCUUCUGGAUCCACUGAACCGGCAGACAGGAAACAGAGCCACAAUGGACGGGUGGAAACAGCUGGAGCCAAGAUGGCCGACAGACCCGCAGUACAGCAGCCGUCCGUGACCUCCGACCCCGCAGAGCGACCGACCUCCAAACCAAAGAAGAAGAAAGUGGGGCUGUUCAGAUGAGCAGUAGGACGCCUGAUUUUAAAAGCGCUUUUAAACUUUCACCCCGAAGGACAAACUGCUUUUAAGAUGAUUUUUAGACUUAAAUAAAUCAACUCUUUGCUCUUUUUUAACGACUUUACGACCCACAACAUCAGGAUUUAAUGCUUUUAGCGACUAUAUUGUGGAUUUUGGGGAUUUUUAAGGACUUGAAGUUGUCAAUUAAAGAUGUAAAUGUCAUUUUAAA